CUCAACGGCAAAAAUCGUAUCUUCUUCCCUCUCUGUGUGUUAGUUAACUGAUACAAAAGCUUCAUCUGUGAUCUUUCUCUCUCUCCCCUCCACACCCCCCCCUCCCUCCCCGCGGAAUUUUGCUACGAUGCACUCACUGUCGUCACAAGUAGCUCGCCCUCUCUGCUCUCCCUCCUCACACUCUCGCUACUUCCGCUUCCUCUCUCUCUCGCUCCCCAUUUUCCACAGUUCCAAAUCCCACCCCAAAAUUUUCACUAUUUCCCCGAAAGCCCCGCUCUUGACAGUCCGAAAUUGCACCUCAAUCUCUGCCAAGCCCUCUUCGGAGCUCCGAAACAAGCGUUCCAAUUCCGACUCCGACGAGAAGCUCCGUGCCCUCCGCGAGCUCUUCUCGAAGCCCAGUGUUGGCAUCGACGCCUAUAUCAUUCCCUCUCAGGAUGCUCACCAGAGUGAGUUCAUUGCUGAAUGUUAUAUGAGGAGGGCAUAUAUAUCGGGGUUCACUGGAAGUGCUGGCACUGCAGUCGUCACAAAGGAUAAAGCAGCUCUUUGGACUGAUGGGCGCUAUUUUCUUCAGGCUGAAAAGCAGCUAAGCUCUAGUUGGAUUCUCAUGAGGGCUGGUAGUCUUGGAGUUCCUACAACUAUUGAAUGGUUGAAUGAUGUUUUGGCUCCUGGUGGGAGAGUUGGCAUUGAUCCUUUUUUGUUUUCUUCCGAUGCUGCAGAGGAGUUAAAGCAGGGCAUUGCUAAGAAGAAUCACGAGUUAGUGUUCCUGUAUGAUAAAAAUCUUGUGGACGAAGUAUGGAACAAAUCAAGACCAAAGCCUCCAAACAAACCUAUUAGAGUACAUGACCUAAAGUAUGCUGGUGUAGAUGUUGCAUCCAAGUUGUUGUCUCUGAGGUCUGAACUUGCUGAUUCGGGUUCGUCUGCAAUAGUUAUAUCUAUGCUUGAUGAAAUUGCUUGGCUGUUGAACUUGAGAGGCAGUGAUGUUCCACAUUCACCUGUUAUGUAUGCAUAUUUGAUUGUGGAGACUGAUAAAGCGAAGUUAUUUAUAGAUACUUCUAAAGUGAGCACAGAGGUGAUGGAUCACUUGAAGAAUGCAGGAAUUGAAUUGAGGCCAUAUGAUUCCAUUCUUUCUGAAGUCGAAGGUCUGGCAGCACAAGGGGCUAACGUUUGGUUGGAUAUAUCUUCUGUUAAUGCUGCUAUUGUCAAAACCUUUAACUCUGCUUGUGAAAGAUAUUAUCAGAGCCUUGAAAGUAAAACAAAAAGUAAGACUAAGAUGUAUGACGACUCAAAUGGUUGGUCUGGAGGACCCACUGGAAUUUACAGAGUGUCCCCUAUUUCUUUAGCAAAGGCAGUGAAAAAUGAUUCUGAGUUAGAAGGCAUGCGGAGUUGUCAUUUAAGGGAUGCUGCUGCUCUAGUGCAGUUUUGGGUUUGGAUGGAAGAGCAAAUUAAAAAGAAUGUGAAAUUAACUGAGGUAGAGGUUGCAGACAAACUUCUUGAAUUUCGUUCGGCGCAGCCUGGUUUCCUAGAUACAAGCUUUGACACUAUAAGUGGUUCUGGUGCAAACGGUGCUAUCAUACACUACAGAGCAGAACCAGAUAGUUGUAGUGUUGUGGAUGACAAGAAACUCUUCCUAUUGGAUAGUGGUGGUCAAUACGUUGAUGGAACAACUGAUAUAACGAGGACCGUACAUUUUGGCGAACCUCCCUUGCGACAAAAAGAAUGCUUUACUCGAGUUUUACAGGGUCAUAUAGCUCUUGAUCAAGCAGUAUUCCCUGAAAACACACCUGGUUUUGUCUUGGAUGCAUUUGCUCGUUCUUCCCUUUGGAAGAUAGGACUGGAUUACCGGCAUGGAACUGGGCAUGGUGUGGGAGCUGCAUUAAAUGUUCAUGAAGGACCUCAAGGUAUUAGCUUUCGAUUUGGAAAUAUGACUCCCUUACAGAAAGGCAUGAUUGUUAGCAAUGAACCUGGCUAUUAUGAAGACCAUGCUUUUGGCAUUCGGAUUGAGAAUCUCCUCGUUGUGAAAGAAGUUGACACGCCAAAUCGUUUUGGAGGAAUUGGAUACCUGGGAUUUGAAAAACUCACAUUUGUCCCCAUUCAGGCUAAAUUGAUUGACUUAUCUUUGCUUUCUGCUGCGGAGUUUGAUUGGCUUAACGAUUAUCAUUCACAAGUUUGGGAGAAGGUGUCCCCGCUUGUGGAUGGUUGUGCUCGUGAAUGGCUUUGGAACAACACCAGACCACUUGUUAAGCUGUGAUGUGAUUCUUAUCCAUCCAUCCGUCGAUCAUUCUCUUCUCUCAUGUACCCCCUUUGUAUACAAGCACACCACUUUACCACAGUGAUGAGACAAUUAUAUAUAUGUAAACUUGUAUCAUGAAUGUUAAAUCCUAAUAAUUUUAAGUUUCGUGCCAUAUAAAAUUUUGUCUUGGCAA